GCAAUUGCGGCGUGACGUUAGCCACAACGUCACCCUAAUGUUUUGAUGAUAAAAAUGUUAUCUAAUUUGGCAAUGUGAAAAAAUCGUCUCCGUGCAGUAAUUUUCCGAAAUAAUGCGGAAAGUGUUUAAUUUGGUUGUGACACAAGCCCACUGAACUCCGAAACUCGAAAAUGUUAAGCCAGGAAGGGCGAAUUUCGCUCAAGAGCUUCACCGGAUCAGCCUUUGCGUUUUUCGUGAUUUGCAUGUUUAAUUGCUAUUAUGGAAUCACCAACCUGGUUGCAAACGCACUCAUUGUUUUUCUUUACUCGGUUAAUGUUUACUUUUUCCUACGGUUUGUGUAUAGUCCGUACGCUUUCGCAAUUGCUGUUCGUGCCGCCUUUCUGGGGCUCGUGUUGUCUUUAGGAGUGUAUGUGAAGCUAGUCGCGCCCCCGAAUGUUCAGAUUUUCGGGGGCUACAUGUCGGUUAUGGCGGUGUUUCAUUAUAGCGAGUUUUUGGCCAUUGCGAUUGUGCAGCCGAAGCAAGUUUCGACUGAUUCGUUUGUGAUAAAUCAUAGUCCGCAAUAUACGGUUGCUGCUAUGACGUCGUGGGUGGAGUUUUUCAUCGAAACGUAUUUUUUCCCAGGCCUUAAGGAGCAGACCUGGCUCUCCAAUAUAGGCCUUCUUGUUUGUAUUUUGGGUGACUUGUUAAGAAAAACGGCGAUUUUGACAGCUGGUUCCAAUUUCAAUCACCUGGUGCAGUGUGAGAAAUCCAAUGAUCACGUUUUGGUUACCCAUGGUGUGUAUGGUUGGUUCCGUCACCCCAGCUACGUGGGAUGGUUUUAUUGGUCCAUUGGGACCCAAAUAAUACUCGUAAACCCAAUUUGCAUUCCAGCAUAUACCAUUGCCAGUUGGAUGUUUUUCAAAGAACGAAUUUAUAUUGAAGAAAGUAUGCUGUUGAGCUUUUUUGGCCAAAAUUACUGUGAUUAUCAGCAACAAGUUGGAACUGGAAUUCCUUUUAUUGAAGGGUAUAAAAUAUAGUUGCAAUGAACAAUGAAUACGUGUAAAUGUACAACUUUCUUUAAACCAAUCUGAGACAAUUUUCAAAACAAAUAAUAUAUUUCUAGGCUCCAAAGCACCGUAUCACUAUAAAAGUAUUUUGUUGGCGCCUUUCUACUUAAAUGGUUUUAUUAACUUUUUAUAUAACUUAUGUGUUCUAUUGACUAAUUGUACAAUAAAGAUAUAUAUUUUA